ACCUCUGCUAUCUCAAAUUCUUCGCUUCUCAGUCUCACACUGCACUGUCUCCACUUCAACUUUUUACAGAUCUCAUUUUUCUUCUUCUUCACUUCCACAUGCACCGACCAUCAACAAUGGCGGCCUUCACGGCGGCGCUUAUAAUCCUCUCCGCCGUUUUCACAACCUCCACCGCACACAAUAUCUCACACAUCCUCUCCCAAACCCCCGAGUUCUCCACCUUCAACCACUACCUAACCCUAACACACCUCGCUUCAGAAAUCGACCGUCACACAACAAUCACCGUCCUCGCCGUCAACAAUGCCGCCAUGGACGACCUCAUAGCAAAGGACCUCUCGAUCUCCACCGUGAAAAACAUCCUCUCCCUCCACGUCCUCGUCGACUACUUCGGCCCCAAAAAGCUUCACCAAAUCACUAACGGAACCGCUCUCGUCUCCACAUUGUACCAAGCCUCAGGCUCCGCACCGGGAGCCUCGGGACUAGUCAAUAUCACCGAUCUUCGCGGCGGAAGAGUCGGAUUCGGCGCUCACGAAAACGACGGAACCCUACCUGCUGUCUACGUCAAAUCCGUUAAAGAAAUUCCUUACAACAUUUCCGUUGUUCAGAUUAGUCAAAUUAUCCCCUCCGCCGCAGCGGAAGCUCCUACAGCAGCACCUAAAAAACAAAACCUCACCGAGAUAAUGUCGAAACACGGUUGCAAAAUCUUCGCCGACACUCUUUCCGCUUCACCGGAAGCUUACGGCAUUUUCUCCGACAAUCUCGACGGUGGAUUAACCAUUUUCUGUCCAGCCGACGAUGCUUUCAAAGGCUUUCUUCCGAAAUUCAAAAACCUAACCGCCGCAGGUAAAAUCGCUCUCCUCGAAUUUCACGGUGUACCGAUCUAUCAAUCUAUUGCUAGUCUUAAAUCUAACAAUGGAGUGAUGAACACUCUUGCUACCGACGGUGCUGAAAAGUACGAUUUCACCGUUCAGAAUGACGGCGAUGAGAUUACAUUGAAGACAAAGCUUGUAACUGCUAGGAUCACCAACACGAUUAUUGAUGAGCAGCCGCUUGCGAUCUUUACUAUUUCGAAGGUUCUUCUUCCAGAGGAAUUGUUUAAGGCUGAUGCUCCGAGUCCUUCUCCGGCUCCGGCGCCGGAGCCUGCAGAUGCUGACGCUCCCGCUCCUGCGGCGGAGCAUAAGAAGAAGAAAAAGAAGGCUGCUGAUGCGCCAAGUGAUGAUGAAUCUGAUUCGCCGGCUGAUUCGCCCGAAGAUGCAGCUGAUGAUACUGCCGACGAUAGCGGCGCCGUUAGGUUCGGCGGUAUGGUAGCUUUGGUUUUGGCUUUGGCUUUUGGAAUUCUAACACUGUGAGUGUGAGGUGUGUAGCAUAAAGUUUACAUUAUGUUGUUGCUUUUAAUUUAAUUCUUUUAAAUUAAUUUUUGUUUUUUAGUUUGUUUAGUAAGGGAAUUUAAAAUGCUGUUUCCUUUUUGUGUGGGUCGAAGUAGGGCAGGUGUGAAUUUUUUUUAUUUUAUAUUUGAUAGUGUUUUGAAUUUUGUGAUGAGGCAGCAUGAAAUGUUGAGUGUAACUAUUUGUCUGCUAUUUUUCUUUUUUUUAUUUAUAAAUUGGAUAUUCUCUCUGGGUUCAA